GCGGCGGUACGAGGCGCGCGCUCGGGGUCCCGGUCGCGAGGAGGAGGAGGAGGAUGUGGCGCGCGGAGGGGAAAUGGCUGCCGAAAACAAGCCGGAAGGACAGGGGCAGUGGAGCUGCCUCCCGCCUCCCAUCGCGGACCCCAGGGGCCUGUGCACCCCCCAAGUCCUUUCUCGGAGGGGAAGCAGACACUUUCUUGACUGGCCGUGUAGACGCUCCUGCCCUCCACCACCCCCUGGGUGAAGGUGUGUUCCUGCAGUACAGCCUAGGACAAGCCCCGUGCUGUCUGCCUGCCCCUCGGGUGCGGGUUCUAGCAGAAGACUGGAGUGUUAGAUCUGCUGUUGCCACUGGAAAAAUAGUCACUGCAUUCUCAUCUCGGCACUUCCUGAUGGAUAUGCCAAGGAUGCCUUCAUCCGAGUUAUUGAUCAAAUUGUUGAAGAGAACAGUGUCAAAGACAGAGAGCCCUGAGCUGGCCACUAAAGACCCACCUUCAGAUGAUCAUGGGAACAGCAAUGGCAGUCAUGUAAAAAUCUUUUUACCGAAAAAGCUGCUUGAAUGUCUACCGAAAUGUUCAAGUUUACCCAAAGAGAGGCACCGCUGGAACACUAAUGAGGAAAUUGCAGCUUAUUUAAUAACGUUUGAAAAACAUGAAGAAUGGCUAACCACCUCCCCUAAGACAAGACCACAGAAUGGCUCCAUGAUCCUUUACAACAGGAAGAAGGUGAAAUAUAGGAAAGAUGGAUAUUGCUGGAAAAAGAGGAAAGAUGGGAAAACCACCAGAGAGGACCACAUGAAACUGAAGGUCCAGGGGGUGGAGUGCUUGUACGGCUGUUAUGUCCAUUCCUCCAUCAUCCCCACCUUCCACCGGAGGUGCUACUGGCUCCUUCAGAACCCUGAUAUUGUACUGGUGCACUAUCUGAAUGUCCCAGCCAUUGAAGAUUGUGGAAAGCCCUGUGGCCCCAUCCUCUGCUCCAUCAACACUGACAAGAAGGAGUGGGCAAAAUGGACGAAGGAGGAGCUCAUUGGGCAGCUCAAGCCAAUGUUCCAUGGCAUCAAGUGGACAUGCAGCAAUGGGAACAGCAGCUCCGGUUUCUCGGUGGAACAGCUGGUGCAGCAGAUCCUCGACAGUCACCAGACCAAGCCCCAGCCUCGGACACACAACUGCCUCUGCACUGGCAACUUGGGAGCAGGUAGCAGUGUGCAUCACAAGUGUAACAGUGCCAAACAUCGCAUCAUAUCACCAAAGGUCGAACCACGGACAGGUGGGUACAGCACUCACUCAGAGGUACAAAAUAAUGAUGUCUCCGAAGGCAAGAAUGAGCACAGUCAUGGCAAGGCCUCGAGCCGGGAGAAGAGGAACGGCAAAGUUGCGAAGCCCGUUCUGCUGCAUCAGAACAGCACCGAGGUGUCCUCCACCAAUCAGGUGGAGGUGCCCGACACCACGCAGAAUUCUCCUGUGUCCAUCAGCAGCGGCUUGAACAGUGACCCAGACAUGGCCGACAGCCCCGUGGUCACAGGGGUGUCCAGUAUGGCGGUGGCCUCUGUGAUGGGGAGCUUGUCCCAGAGUGCCACCGUGUUCAUGUCAGAGGUCACCAACGAGGCUGUGUACACCAUGUCCCCCACAGCCGGCCCCAACCAACACCUGCUCUCCUCGGACGCCGCCACCCAGGGCCUGGUGCUGGCAGUGAGCUCCGACGGCCACAAGUUCGCCUUCCCCACCGCAGGGAGUGCGGAGGCCUUGUCAAUGUUGCCUGCGAACGUGUCCGAAGAGCUGGUGCUGUCCACCACCCUCGAUGGUGGCCGGAAGAUCCCAGAAACCACCAUGAAUUUUGACCCGGACUGUUUCCUCAACAAUCCCAAACAGGGACAGACCUACGGGGGUGGGGGACUGAAAGCGGAGACGAUCGGCACCAAUAUGAGGCAGUCGCCCACGGCGGAGCGGGUCAGCUUCAGCUUCAGCGCGGCGCUCACGAAGGAAAUCAAGACCGAGGACACAUCCUUUGAGCAGCAGAUGUCCAAAGAAGCGUAUUCGUCCUCCAGCACAUCGAACUCCCUCACCCUGUCCGCUGGCUCCAGCCUGCUCCCGUCCGGUGGGGGGCUCAGUCCAAGCACCACCCUGGAGCAAAUGGACUUCAGUGCCAUAGACUCCAACAAAGACUAUGCUUCUAGUUUCAGCCAGACUGUCCACAGCCCCCACGUCCACCAGACCCCUUCCCCUAGCUUCUUUCUGCAGGAUGCCAGCAAACCUAUCCCCCUAGAACAGAGCGCCCACGCUAACCUCAACGAUGCGAGUAGCUCCUUCGUGCCGCUAGGAAUGGCGACCGUGAAGACAGAGGCCCCUCCGACCCCCUCCAAUUGCAACGGUUCCGUAGAGACCCGGAUAGAGUCCACGUCCUCUCUCCAGCUCAUGCAGUUCCAGGCCAACUUCCAGACCAUCGCCGCCGAGGCCGAAGUUCCCAUGGAGACCUCUCAGCCUGCCGAAGGGGGCGAGAGCCUGCUCAAGACCGGGGAGCUGCAGAGCUGCGGCAGCGAACACUACAUGCAGCCCGAGGCCAACGGCAGCAUCCGGAACGGGGGCAGCAUCCCCAUCCUCCAGGGGAACAUGGUCCAGGGGCUCUAUCCCGUGGCCCACCACAGCCUUCACAACUCUUCCAACAUGGAACUGAGUCUGGACCACUUUGACAUCUCCUUUAGCAACCAGUUCUCCGACCUGAUCAACGACUUCAUCGCGGUGGAAGGGGGCAGCAAUACUAUUUACGGACACCAGCUCGUGUCAGGGGACGGCGCAGGGCUCUCGCAGGCCGAAGAUGGCAACCGGGCCUCCUUCAGCCAGGCCGAAAUGUGCAUUCCCUGCUGCAGCCCCCAGCAGGGCGGUCUGCAGCUCAGCAGCGCCGAGAGCGGGGCCGGCACCAUGGCCUACAUGCAUGUGGCCGAGGUGGUGUCUGCGGCCACCGCAGCCCAAAGCACCCUGGGAUUGCUGCAGCAGAGUGGGCGAGUCUUCAUGGUGACCGACUACUCCCCAGAGUGGUCUUACCCAGAGGGAGGAGUGAAAGUCCUGAUCACAGGCCCGUGGCAAGAAGCCAGCAAUAACUACAGUUGCCUGUUUGACCAGAUCUCAGUGCCUGCGUCCUUGAUACAGCCAGGGGUGCUUCGAUGCUAUUGUCCAGCUCACGACACUGGCCUUGUGACCCUACAAGUUGCCUUCAACAACCAGAUCAUUUCUAACUCAGUGGUGUUUGAAUAUAAAGCCCGGGCUCUGCCCACUCUCCCUUCCUCGCAGCACGACUGGCUAUCCCUGGAUGAUAACCAGUUCAGGAUGUCCAUCCUGGAAAGGCUGGAGCAGAUGGAAAGGAGGAUGGCUGAGAUGACCGGAUCCCAGCAGCACAAACAGGGUGUUGGAGGCGGUAGCAGCGGAGGCAGCAAUGGGAGCAGCGGGAAUGGAGCAAGCCAGGCACAAUGUGCAUCUGGGACCGGGACCAUGGGGAGCUGCUUUGAGAGCCGAGUGGUGGUGGUGUGUGAAAAGAUGAUGAGUCGUGCCUGCUGGGCAAAGUCCAAGCACCUCAUCCAUUCGAAGACUUUCCGAGGAAUGACCCUCUUGCACCUGGCUGCAGCCCAGGGCUAUGCCACUCUGAUCCAAACCCUCAUCAAAUGGCGAACUAAGCAUGCUGAUAGCAUUGAUUUGGAACUGGAGGUUGACCCUUUGAAUGUGGAUCAUUUCUCAUGCACUCCUCUGAUGUGGGCAUGCGCCCUGGGACACAUGGAUGCUGCUAUCGUGCUAUAUAAAUGGGACCGCCGAGCUAUUUCUAUUCCUGACUCACUGGGAAGGCUGCCUCUGUCAAUUGCCCGGUCCCGGGGUCAUGUGAAAUUGGCAGAAUGUCUGGAGCAGCUGCAGAGAGAUGAGCAGGUUCAGCUCGGACAGAACCCCAGAAUCCAUUGCCCUCCAAGUGGAGAAUCCAAUACAGACAGCUGGAUAGCCCAGUGGCAUGGUGAAACCAUCACCUCUUCAGAAUCACAAAAGGGAAUCACUGUUAUUGCAAGUACAAAUCCAGAGCUAAGAAGACCUAGGUCUGAGCCCUCUAAUUACUAUAGCAGUGAGAGCCACAAAGAUUAUCCUGCUCCCAAAAAGCAUAAAUUGAACCCUGAGUACUUCCAGCCAAGACAGGAGAAACUGCUCUCCACUGCACUGAGUCUAGAACAACCAAGUAUCAGAAAGCAGAGCCCCAGUUCCAAGCAAUGUGUCUCUGAGACAAUCAGCCCCACUGAAGGAAUAAGGGAUUAUAGCCGGGAAGUCUCCCCUCACACUCCAGAGGCUGCAGGAUUCCGAGGCCCUGGAGCUCAGCCCGGAGUCAAGUGGAACUCCAAAGACCUUUACAUUGGUGUGUCUGCAGUGCAGGUAACAGGAAGCCAGAAGGGAGCCAGCCUAGGCAAGGACCCAGCACCACCCCGUCUUCGCCCACGAGAACAGAUGAGUGUCCUAAUGAUGGCUGACAGAGAGAUGGUAGAUGCUGAGUUGUUGUCCUAUAGAGACAAUGUCGAGAACGAGGCUUGCUUGCAACACAUGGAUGACUUACAGGUAAAUAUGAUGACCUUGGCAGAACACAUUAUUGAGGCAACACCUGACCGGAUCAAGCGAGAGAAUUUUGUGCCCUUGGAGCCCACAGCAGCGGAGAGGACAGAUGCUGCAGCCAUUAGCAGCACAAUGAGCUGGCUGGCCAGUUACCUUGCUGAUGUCGAUCAUCUACCAAGUGCUGCACAGAUCAGAACUCUAUAUAAUGAGCCCCUGACCCCUUCUUCUAACACCAGCUUGAGCCCUGUAGGCUCACCAAACAGUGAAAUGGCAUUUGAGAAACCAAGACUUCCUUCAGCGGCAGACUGGUCUGAAUUCCUGAGUGCAUCCACCAGUGAAAAGGUAGAAAAUGAGUUUGCUCAGUUAACUCUAUCUGAUCACGAACAGAGGGAACUCUAUGAAGCUGCCAAGCUUGUCCAGACAGCUUUCAGAAAAUACAAGGGUCGUCCCUUACAGGAACAGCAAGAAGUUGCUGCUGCUGUCAUUCAACGUUGUUACAGAAAAUACAAACAGCUGACAUGGAUAGCCUUGAAGUAUGCACUUUAUAAAAAGAUGACACAGGCUGCCAUCCUUAUCCAGAGCAAAUUCCGAAGCUAUUACGAGCAGAAAAAAUUCCAGCAGAGCAGACGUGCUGCUGUGCUGAUCCAACAGUACUACCGGAGCUACAAGGAAUGUGGCAAAAGAAAGCAAAGUCGCCGAGCAGCUGCCAUUGUACAACAGAAGCUCAGGAGCAGUCUGCUAACCAAGAAGCAGGAUCAAGCUGCUCGAAAGAUAAUGAGGUUUCUGCGCCGUUGUCGCCACAGCCCUCUGGCGGACCAUAGGCUGUACAAAAGGGGACUGAAUAUUUUUGGAACACAGAGGUGUGUGUUAAAUUGCAGACAGCAUGCUCUGGGGUGUCAUUCUUAUUGGGCCUUUCUGUCUUUUUUUUGCAACCCAAAUGAGAUUUCUGGAAAAUGGCAAGAUCUCCCUUUUCCUAAAUUUCCCACAAGCCAUUUCAGCUCUAAGAGCAACAGGUAA